CGGAAGUGGACCGCUGAUCCCGGUUCGGACUCGAUCUCGAUCGACUUCAGCGUCAGGACGGGAUCCAGCAUCGGGAGCGGAGGAUGGACAUGGACACGAACCCCCCGGAACCGGGACCGCGGACCCCCCUCCCUCCGGACACGAACCGAACCGUCCUCUGGUUCACUCGGCCUCAUCCGGACCGAACUCUGCACCGGGAGGGGUCCGGUCCAGGCUCGAUUCGUUUGGACCGGAUGUGGAGCGUGAGGAGCGACAAAGUAGCAGAGUCCGGGCCGAACCAGAGACACCAGAGCCGGACUGAGAACACUGGAGGCUCCGCUGCCCUUAAAUCUACUGAAUUCUGAAUGGAGUUUGGUUGAGGCUCCACAGGGACAAUAGAGAUGAGUUACAUAUCAGCUGUUGAUCAGUGUUGACCAUCAUUCCGUCUGAUUGACCAUUGGUUGAUUGAUUGAUCAAUCAGCUGAUUAGUGAUUGACAGACCUGCUGUCUCCACCUUCUUUGAUGUCUGUUGUUGUUGUUGAACGUCUCUGUGCUGGGUUUGAUUAUCUUUCCUGAUGCCUCCAUCGUCUGCUCUGGUCUGUUUUAAAGAUGGGGUCCGGAGACGUCUGCAGCGUCAGCGUGAAAGCGGAGCCGGACGGAGACGUGGAGAUCCAGUCGUACCCGGUCCUGAAGAACCUCCAGGUUCGACUGACAGACGUCUCCUCCUGGCUGGGGGGGCGGGACUUCCUGUGUCUGGACGACCUCCCUCUGCCGUGGGACCUGAGCCAGCAGAGCGCCGGCCCCGGCAGGAAGAUGGUCUACUGCCCCCAGUGUAGGAAGGGCUUCUACAAGCCGUCUCACCUGGAGGCUCACCUGUGGACCCACAGAGGGCAGAAACCCAACGAGUGCUGGCGCUGCGGGAAGACGUACCCGACCCUGAUGAGCCUGGUCAUCCACCAGCAGAUCCACGACCGCAGCGAGCCCUACCGCUGCUCCUACUGCGACAAGACCUUCGCCCUGAAGAGGGACUGGAAAACCCACCACCGGACCCACUCCGGCACCAAACCCUUCAAGUGCUGGUUCUGUGGGGACGGCUUCAGCCUGCAGGACGAGCUCUCCCAGCACCUGCAAGUCCACAGCGGAGAGAAGUGCUACCGCUGCACCGUGUGCGGGAAGAUGUUUGUGUCCUACCAGGGCUUCAACUUCCACCGCAAGUCGCACAAGAACCCGAAGCCGCUGCCGUGCCCCAAGUGCCCCAAGACCUUCAGCAACCCCCAGAGCCUGAAACAGCACCAGGUGACCCACUCCCCCCGGAAACCGCACCAGUGUCCCACCUGUGGGAAAGCCUUCAAGCUGCUGAGCGGCAUGCGUAGCCACCAGCGGACUCACGAGGACCUGAGGGCCUACCGCUGCUCCGAGUGCGGGAAGUGUUUCUCCAGCCUGCAGGGCCUCAAGCUGCACAACCGCACCCACACCGGCCUGAAGCCCUACCGCUGCCCCGAGUGCGGGAAGAGGUUCACCCAGUCGCCUCACCUCAAGUCGCACAUGGUGACCCACACCGGGGAGAGACCGUUCCUCUGCACCACCUGCGGGAAGAGGUUCACGCAGUCGUCCCACCUCAGGUCCCACAUCACGCUGUUCCACGUGGGCGAAAAGCCGUUCAGCUGCGACGACUGCGGCAAGAGCUUCACCAUCGCUCACUACCUGAAGAUGCAUCGUCUGAGCCACACCAAGGAGAAGCGCUACCACUGCUCCUACUGCCACAAGUCCUUCUCAUACCACAACUCGUGGAGGGCCCACGAGAGGAUCCACACGGGCGAGCGGCCCUUCGGCUGCCGGGACUGUGGCCGGAGCUUCAUCACGUCGGGUUCGCUGCUGAGCCACCAGAGAACCAAACACACGGGAGAGAAGAGCCACUACUGCUUCACCUGCGGCGAGUUCUUCUUCACCAGCUCGCUGCUCCGCAUCCACCAGCUCGACCACACCGGCGAGCGGCCGCACGCCUGCAGCUGCGGCAAAACCUUCAAGACCAAAGGAGUCCUGCGCUACCACCUGAAGAGGUUCACCCAGCACCGCGGGGCGGCGCCCGACUGAGGGGGGCGGGGCCUGGGGGCGGAGCCUGGGGUGCAGACGGCUGUGACCGUUAUCUGAAUGACCACCAACAACUUCUUCUUCUGCAGCUUUAGUGUCAGACAGCGCCACCUUUCGUUCGUGUCAUUAGAGCGAUGCAUCCUCGCCACAGGGCGGCCAUCUUGGUUCAGCGCUGCUCGACAGUUCUGUGUCUGCACAGUUAAACAGCUGGUUCACAGGGUUUGUUCGUUACAAACGUCAGACAUGAUGGAUACAGACACAGAGAGUGAAAGGUGUUCAGAUAAUGUAUUAAGACGUUAUCCUCCUCAAAAAACUGUCUUUGGGAAAAGUUCAAACUGAGAAAAGUAGCCAGAGAUAAAGAUUUGUCUACAACAAAAAUAAUUCCACCACUGAUAAUUAUGAGGUGGACGCUGCUUGUUUCACCUCAGACUGAUGUUGUGUUUGUCCUGUCGGGUUCACUCUAUAUUAUCCCUUAUACUUGCAUCAUAUUUAUUAUUAAAAUGACAUGCCAUUAUUUUAGGAAGGUAGUGAUUUGUAUCUCGGUGGGAAAACCCACAUUUUUAAAAAGCCGCCUGUAUCGUAGCUACAUGUGUGACGUUUUCAACAAAUCAAACCGUUUGGAAAUCGGUGCUAAAGUCUGAAAAUAUUUGUCCUUUAAGUUUGUGGAGAAGCUCUUUCCAUCCGUAGUUUCAUGCACCGCUGCCCCUGGACCAAGAUUGCGGCGCGUUAGGCUCCUCCCCUCGCCCCUCAAUGCGGCGUCUACGUUUAUGUGUCUAUGAGACCAACCUCUGCUCGGCCGCCAUGUUCAAUCCAACAUCUACAAAAUAAAAGCUGUUCAGUCAUCCUGUUUCACAAUAAAAGCCAGAGUCUGAUGUGUUCA